CUGAGAGGGGGAUAUAGCCACCAAUAGCCACUUCAAAGGAAUAGAAUAGAAUAACAUAACCUGUUUUUUAAGGGAGUUUUUGGGAAUUGUUUAUUAGUCGGUUGGGGAGAUGAAUUGUGUUAUGUCGGGGCAGUUUGUGAGGAAGAGUCUGUGUCAGCUGCUGCAGGUCAAUCAUGGGGUUUCGGUGCAACAGACUAGGAACACCUUCGUCUUGAAAAGAAAAACCCCACCCCCACUAUACCGAAAAGGGAGCAAGCCUCCAAACAUGCGGGCUCGUCACUUCAUUUACGACUUGGUCGAGGACACAGACCUGAGGCAACGACCUCCAUUGAACCUGAUCCUCACGACGUACGUCGAAGGCCUAGGGCACAGUGGGAAGAGAAUCACAAUGCCACCCGCGAAAGCUUACACGAGACUGCUUUUACCAGGACUAGCUGUAUACGACACCCCGGAGAACUCCCAGAAAUACGCGGUCAAGGGGGAGGACCAGAAGUCAGAGCACAGCUCUCCGUUCGUCGCACGAACGAUUAGUUUCAUAAAGCACAUGGUCCUCAGCAUCAAGAUGUCCAACGACACCCCCUGGACCCUCGAGCCCUGGCACGUGCGGUCGGCCUUCAGGUUCGCUGGGGUCCACAUGAAUGAGGACUGCAUCACCAUGCCGAACCAUGUGAUCAGCGGACCCAAUCACGACAUCGAGAAUAGAGAGUUUUAUGUCGUUAUUACUCUUAAUAAACAAGAGAAAACACCUGUCAGGUGCAGGAUACAUCAUCGCAGUAAUAAUGUUAAUGAUCAGAAGGCCAUUCCCUCGAAUUACAACUUCUGGAAAGAAAUGGCAGAGCCAAUCUUUCCAGAGGACAAGGCUGUUCUUGAUGGAUUACCCAUUCCCUAUCUGGUUCAGAGGGAAAUGGCGAAGGUGGAGGCUCAAGAUGAACCUCUUUGAAUUGUAUUCUGUUGUAAUUUGGAAUAAACUGUUUAAAAAAUAUUGUUA